CAUAUUAGCAGUGAAUCACCGUGGCUUGAUCUUAUCAUCAGCUCAUGCGAGAUAACGCGAUCGUGCAUUACAUUUCUGAUACACCGUCGACGUCGCGUCGCCGUGUUGCCAGUCUAGCGUAGUGCGAAUCAGGUGUGCCUUGAAACAAUGGACAACCCACAGACUCCUAAGCUUUUUCGCCGCAACGAAAACAAGGUAGCCUUGAGUGAGGUGGAGGAGAAAUUGAAGGUGAUGAGGCAGAAGAGACUGAGCCGUUUGAGCACCUUCAUAGAUGAGCAGAGCAAAUUAUUGGAGGAAAGGUCGACCAAAAGCGAUGUCAUGGAAGAAGCUAUCAUGUCCAUCCAACAAAGUGCCCCGGAGAAGGUCAAAUUCGGAAUCAAACCUAUCAUGGAAGACAAAAGUGAGGAUAGUACAGAAGAAAGUACCAGUAUAGGAGAGAAGAAAAAAGUCGUGAAGACAAAGAAACUUUUUGAAAGAUUCAGUUGCGUUGGUCCAAGUUUUGAUGACGAAGAAGAAGAAGAAGAAGAAGUUAGAAGAGAUGGCAUAAUCAACGGUACUUUAACGCUUCAUAGAAAAUCUAACGAGUUCAAAAAGGACGAGCACAUAGGUCCAAAGUUUAGAGGCAACUCGCAAGAAAAACCUGCUAGUAACGAUAAAAAAUUUACAUAUGGAAUUUGGACACCUCGCAAACCAUCUGGUGAGCUGAACGAAGACAAAACAACGCAUGAAAACAUACGAAGCGAUGAUUCACAAUCUGGAACAUUUAGCAAAGAUAGAGGAAAAUCAGAGAAAAACAAUGUUUUGAACCAAAUUGCAUUUGGUAACUUGAUUCUUGACAAGAAGUCUAUCGGAGCUAAAGAUAGCGAAGGACAUAUAGAGAAUACCAGACGGCAUCGUAGUCCUGUCGAAAAAAGUAACAGUUUUACAUCUGCAAAAGGAGACACAAGAAACAUCCCUUUCUUAGACAGUAAAACAUCUCAAAGUUCUGAAAAUUUAACAACCAGCUACGCGACAUUAACUUUCCCUAGGAAAACAAAACCAACGAAACUACAAGAUCCUGAAGUAUACACUGAAGGUAAAGACAUUGUGAGCAAUACUGAGGCAAAUAAAACAAAAAGAAAUGAAGCAGAAGAUAAAAUAUUGGACGAAAAUGAAUAUGAGAUAAUUGAAGUGAAAGAUAAUAAACUGGUUUACAAUAAAGAUGAUGUAGAAGAAAAGUUAGACUCAAGUACAAACGAGGACGACAAUAUUCAUCGUGCAUCGUUUAGAGAUUAUGAAAACUUGGAAAUUGCUUCUACAGUAAGCAAAAACGAGACAGAUGAAGCAAAGUUAGCAAUGAAAAAUCAGUCGCAAAGUGAUGGAACGUCUAGCACAUCAAAUCCUAAAAGCCCUAUUCCUACCCCAAGACAAAAAGAACCUAGUGCCGAGUACAACACAGUCUUGGACUUCCAGACCAACAUGCUUCACUUGACCAGGAGCAAUGACGUGGAUGAAAAUGACAUCGAAGAAUUCAACCUUUGUUACAAAAAGAUGACCAAGCUCCUUGCGGAAUACAGAAGAAAGAUGAUAGAUGUUGAGGGAAAAAGGUUACCGCAAAAGCGGUUAAAUCAAAUAAAACAGUCGAUACGGGUAGUAGAUCAGAGAAUCAAGAGAUAUCGCGGACUGAAGCGUGAUAAGGAAUACUUGGAGCUCAAACACUUGUUGUCUGGCUUGUUCAAAGCACUCAUCAACUUGAAGCCGGAUAAUUACGAGUUGAAGGAAGAAAGAGAUGAACUAUUGAAGAUGGUGGAUCGUUGUGGGAAGAACUUGGCCAAGAAAGCUACGAAGAACGAGGAAGCAAUGGUAGAACUGUUUAAAGAACAAAUUGAUUGUAUAACAGCUAAGAGGGUUGUUGGUACAUAUAUUUAAAAAUUACUGUGUUACUUUAUUGAACUUUUGGUAAGUCAAUUCGUUUGUUAGUGUAUUGAAGACAUUUCGUUCUGGUAACAAUGUUGUGUUCAAUGAUCCUACUGUUAUGGUAUAGAUAACGAAUAAAUGUAAUAUAAGACAAAUUUUAUUUCAUUUUCUCAACACUUUUUCCUUUUAGCUUUAGACUUGAAUACCCUGCUACAGCUUUAAUCUUUACGUGUAUUGAUAGUAACUCUAAGCAUUUUUAUUAUUCAUUAGAUUUAUGCGCUGUUAGUUUUUACUGCUACUGCCUAUGAUAAGUGUUGCACAAUAUUGAAACCGUAUGUUGUUGUAGAUAGUAGUCUACAUAUCUGUAUAUACAGAUUAGAGUAUGAUUUGACGUUAUAUUGUAAACAAACGCGUACGACUCAAAAUAAAAACC